AUGUCCUAUUCUGUACCUGAGUCCAUCACCUCUCUAUCAGGAGAUUUCAUUAUGGGUCAUACGUACCCUGACCGGUGGUCUGGGUGUUUAGCUCACCUUACUCCUCCUCUCCUGGACAUCCUGCUUCCAGGGUUCUCUGUCCUAUCUCUAGCUUUCCUUCCCAAACAAUUCUGUGUGGGAUUGACCUUAUCCUUCCAUGUGUUCUUUGUAGGAUUCUGGGCCCAGGUGAAGCUGGUGGAGAGAGGAGGCAAACUGAUCCAUGAGGGCCAGUCUGUGACCCUGACCUGUACAGCUUCUGGGCUUCGCUUUAAAGAUUUUGCCAUGUCCUGGCAUCGGAGCUCAUUUGGAGGCUCAAAGAAGUUUGUGGCUAGUAUCAGUGCUGGGAGAGGCAAUAACAAGGAGGUCAAGGAGAAGAUGAAGGGUAGGGCUUUCAUUAUGAGGAAAAAUGAGGCCAAUACCGUCUCACUGAUCAUGCACCAGUUAAAGAAGGAGGACUCGGGCACCUACUAUUGUGCCACCAUAGCACUGCUGGCUCAUUGGGAAAAUUUUGGUCAUGGAACAGAAGUGACUGUACUCCCACGAGAUGAGACACAGCUGGAAGAGUCAGGUGGAGGCUCACACCCAGUUGGAAAGACCCUGAGUCUCCAGUGCCAAGCAUCUGGCUUCCUGUUUAAUACAAGCCAACUAAGCUGGUAUCUUUGGGUUCCUGGAGGUGCCCCAUUGUGGCUGACCAGUCUUGACCAUCGAUUUUCAAAAGUCAGUGGGGAUCGCAUCACUUCCAGAAGAGAGGACACCAACAGUCAGAUUUUUCUCCAGAUCAAGAACCUUAGCCUUAGAGACUCUGGCUACUAUCAUUGUGCAAGGAGGAUGGGUUAUGGAGGUGACACAGACAAAUUGAUCUUUGGUUCUGGGACACAUGUGACUGUGGAACCCGGACCUCGGGACCCUCUGUCACCCAGUGUGUUUGUGGUGAGGAGUCAGGAUGCUGUGGCCUGCCUGGUCAGUGACUUUUACCCCAAGGAGAUUGAUGCAUCCCUGUCCUCCCUUGGGGCUUCCGUCUCAGCCCAGGCUGAGACUGUGGCUCCCACAAUCCAUGGUGUCUACAGUGCCAUCCAGAUUGGCAAGGCUGGUGACAAUGACUCAGUAACCUGUUCAGUGAAGCACCUUGGCAAAGAGACCCAUGAGUCCCACCAGCCAGAUACUGGGAUCAUUCCUCAGCUGGAAUCAUCCUGCUCUGACCAGGAACUCACAGCAGAACCUGAGCAGAGGAACCAGAUAGUCCUCAGAGUGCUGGGCUUGAGACUAUUAUUGAUGAAGACUGUGGCUAUCAACAUCCUUUUUACCAUCAUGGCCUUGAUCUUUUGAUCUUCCUCCCAACCCCACAAAACUCCCAUUAUCCCAUUAAUUUUUGUCUGCUCCCUUCUCUCUCAUGCUUCCAUUCAUCAGUCCUCUCCAACUUCCAUCCAUACUCAGACUCCUUUCCCUCUCUCAGUAUCCUCUCUUUCCUUUCAUCUUUCCCCCACCCUAACCCCACAAUCUCAUGUGGUUAUCCUUAUUCCCCUAGCCAUUUCAGUUUCCUUUCUGCCUUUGUCUCCUCUCUUUCCUAUUUUCAAGUCCUCUCUCUUGCCUAUUAUCCUUUCUGUGUCUAUGGUAUUAUUCUGUGGGUGGAAAAGGGGAAUGAAAGGAAGAGAAUAAGCUGCCUCUAGAUGAGUCUGGCCUCUGACUCCUUGAUGCUUUGACUUCUGACUUUUCCUUCUCCAGAAGUCUGAAAAACAAAGAUAUGAGAGUCUGUAUUUGGACAUUGCCAUGACCAUUUGAGCCUCAGAAUGACCCCAGUAACCCAAGUUGCAUUCAUUACUCCCUGAGAUUCAAAAAAGCCAAUUCUCAGUCUGUAUUUUCUCAAAUAGAGUAUUGCUCUCUUUGGAUGUAUGGAUAUGGAAGUGGGUGUGGGAAUGGAGGACAGAUAUUCACAGUUCAAGUCCCCCAGGUUUCCAGAGCUCUACUAGCAACAACUUUUCUCAUUACUACCACUUUCCUAUGUGAGGCAACUUCAGGUUCAUGGUCAUGGAAUUAUGGCCAGGUGGGUUUCUUGGGACCAGUAGGACCUUGUAUAGUAAUAGAAAUUUAGAAUAUAAGUAUAAAUAUAUAUAUUAUAUAUAACAAAAAAAAUAGAAAAAUAGAAAUAGAAAUGGCCAUGAAGGUUGAAGACUUGUGGUGGAGAAAAUCAGCUUCAUCAUCUAAUUGUGCUUACCUCUUCUUGCUAUGUCCCUUGAAAGGUCACCAUCCUUCAUCCUUAUAAUUGAGGAAGGAAUUACAUGGAGUAGAGGGUAUCUUAAUUUCCAUCAAGAUGGAUGUGGGUCAUAUAUGAGUAAGGAUUUCCUUUGUAAGAUCUCCUUGAGCCCUUAGUCCUGUCUAUGUCCUAAUCUUCUUCCCAAUACUUUUCCUAAGGUAAGGGGUAUAAAGAUACUUGAGAUCAUAACCCAGAGCCUAGGCUUCCUCUGAAAUGCAACUAAAUAAGACCCUCAAAGACAAAAUGUUAGUGUUGUAUGGAUCAUUAUCUUCCUGGUAAGAAAGGGAAAUGGAAGGAGGUGCAGGAGCACCCAAUCCCAGCAGGAAUCAAGGAGGCCUAGGGGGUCUAGGCAGGGAGAAAGCCUAGUAGAAGACUAGGUCAGAUGUCCAAGAAUUGGGAUGAAUGAGUCAAUCUCAGGGAGAAAAGAACAAGAGAAUAGUCUGAGGUUCCUGGCAUUGAGCUUUAGCCUCAAAUGAUGAUACCACCUUAGAUGGAAAGAAAUGAGCAUUUAUUAAAUGAUUACUAUGUGCCAAGAAUCAUACCAAACACUGGAGAUACAAAUAUAAGCAAAAAAAGAAAGGUAAUCUCUACCAUCAAGGAGUCUACAUUUGAAUGGGACAACACCCAAAAGGUUGCUAAAAGGGGGAAAGGGAUAGGGUGAAGAUGUUUAAAGACUUGGUUUUGAAGUAUGGAAGCCAGGAACCAAACUGAGAGAAUGAAGGGCAGCCCCAGUGUCUCCACAAAAUGGAUAUUCCAAGAGGAAUUCACUAUUAAAAAAAGAGGGCAGAUCUUACAGAGGGAUAUUUCAAAUUGAAAGCAUGAAACCAUAUUAAGAUGUUUUAUGGUAAGAUAGCCCCAGGUGCUGAAGGAAGUUCCAGAAUGAGACAGAGGUAAGGGCAUAGAUUUGAAGACUGGAAGUCAAGAAGAGGUCCCUUGGUCCUAGAUGUGAGGGGAAAAACCCUACAUAUGAACAAAGAAAUGUGGACUUUUCAGCAAUUAACCUUUUUAAGUCAGAUGAUGCCAGAGAAUUAAAAAACUGAAACACCAUCUUCUCUGGGAUCCUAUCAAAUAAAUGAUCCUGAAAGGUUUAUAAGGGGUAAAACCUAUAUAACUGGGAUCUGGAUAUUAACCCACCAUGAUGAGGUUAUAAUUAAGGUGCCAUGGUGGGUGGGGGUACUGGAAGUGGUGAUGAGGGUAGACAAUGACUCACCUUCUUCUUUCAAAGCUAGAAUGGAUCAAUAUGGUCCCUGGUAGCUGUUCACAUAAGAACUAUGAGACCUGUGAGAUAAAUCUCAUCUUGGGAAUGGAAUGGAUAACCCAUUGAGUCUGAGCACAUAGACACAUGGAUCCAUAAAAAUAAGCACUGAAAGGGACUGAGCUGUGGGAGGCCAACUGUCUUCUGGCUACUUUACUGUAAUAAAGAAACAAGAGAGGAAAUAGUUUGUCUUUGUUAGUAUUUAAAGGAGUAAAAGGUGUCAGGGGGAUUUUAUGAUCCAGAGACAAUGAUCUAUACACACUUCACCCCAGCAAAGAGAAAUCUAAAAUUUGAAGAAAUGGAGCAGAUGGAACCUCCAUAAGAUCUGGGGGAAUGGAAUGGAAUUCCAGCCAGGCUCAAAAGCAGUUGGAGGAGAAAAACCAAGGUUCUUCUUAUCUUAGACUCUUUGGAGCUGGGAGGGAGAACUAUUUGACUGGGAGUAUCCAAAUCUAUCAAUCCUUUGUUUGAACAGAAGAUCUCAAUUUUCAACUGGAGCCAAUCUUUGGGAUAAAGACUCUCUUUCCCUUAGGGGAACCCAGAGGUUAUUUCUGAAGAUUACCUAGGUUAAACUCUCAAAAUGUAUAUAGGGAAAUAUCUUAGGUAUCUCCUUUUCCCAUUGUCCUUUCCCAUUACCCUUUCAAAAACUUUUUACCCAAAUAAAUUAGAUAUCUUGAUUCAUAAUAGAACUUGAAUCAGAGUGUAUGUAUUAGGAGGAAAGCUUCAAAUCCAUCAUUAUAAUAAGGAAGCUGAGUGAAAAUCUGACUUACCCUAUGGUCUAGCUAGACUGAAUCCAUUGGUAACAGGUUAGCUUGGGGAUAGGGGGAGGAAGUGUCACAUAGUAUUCAAUCCCCAAACAGCUGAACAUUGGUUCCUUCCUUUUCAAAGUCCCCCUCGCUAGUACACUACUCCAUUUCUUCUCACUGACUGUUUCCUAUGUGUAGAAUGCCUUUUCCUCACCUCCCACAUCUUGUCUUCUGCCUUCUUGGGAUUUCUUUAAGACUCAGCUCAAGUUCCACCCUCUGCAAGAAGCCUUUCUUGGUCUUCCCUAUUCCCUCCUUCAAUAGCAAAUGUCUUCUUUAUGAAAUUACCUUCUAUUUACAUGGUAUAUAAUAGAUUUAUAUAUAAACAUAAGGUUUUCAUGUUGUCUUCUCCAUUAGAAUGUGAGCUUCUUGAGGGGAGAUGCUGUGCUUUUGCCUUUUUCUAUAUUCUUAUUGCUUAGCACAGUUGCAGAAUUAUAUGCUUAAUAAAGACUUAUUGACUGAA